AUGGAGCUUCCAGCCUUUGAAGUCGAGGAGGAGGAGGCUGCCGGGACGAACAUCGACCUGGGGCUGCCGGCCUUUGACGCGGAGGACGAGGAUGACAUUCCAGUCUCCAACCUGGUGCCCAAGUCGGCUCAGGUGCCGGUGAAGACACAGCCAGGCGCCGGAGUCGACUUGACUGGCGAUCACGACGAGGGGGGUGAUGUGUGGCAGCGGCUGGAGAGAGAACUCCAGGCGCCCAUACACCUCCCGGUGGCCGACAGCCUGGAGCCUACCGGGCCUGCCGGGGAGACUGCGGACGACAAGGAGGAUUCGGACGACGAUUGGGCGUUUGUGUGGAAAGGCUCGCAAAGCAAGCUGCCGUCAAACAUCUUACAAGAGAUCGAAAACAACGUAAAAGCGGCCGCCGACUUUCACAAGGAGAAUUGGACCAAGAAGAAAGAAGAGGACGAGCAGGCGCAGGAGGACGACGACGAAGAGGGCUGGGGCGCGCAUAUGUACGAGUCCAAGGAGGAGAAGGAGGCGUCCAAAGAAAACUGGGUGCCGGAGGAGGACUGGAGUGAGUGGGCCUCCAACUCCAAGGAGGCCGUGGCGGCCCAGCGGCUCGUGCAGAAGAUUCGCAGCCGCGUCGGAAGCAACGUGAAGCAAGAGCUCUCCGACCAGCAGCCCUUCCCGAGCGAGGAUUUGCUAGAGGUGAUAAAGCUUUGGAUCGCACGGGAGAUGCCCGAGCAGCGCAUGCUGCUGGCGAUGCUGCUUUGGAUCGAGGCGAUCACCAUUGAGGUGCCGAUCGUCCGGCCGGACUUGAACCAUUAUGCGAUGACCAUCCUUGCUAAGGAGGAAAAUCAAACUGCCCUGCGGGAAGCAGCUGACCACGUCUCCCACGAUGUGCUCUUGGUGAAGGCAGGCGCACCCAUCCCUCCGCCAGCCCUCCGCAACGAGGAGGCUCCCAAGGUGCAGAAGUCUUUGAUUUCAUCGCUGAGCGGCAUGCUGGGGCACGCAGACUUCAGAAUCGACGAGGAAGAUUUGACUUCCAUGUUCGAGGAGGUCUUCGCAGAUCUUCCACUGACAUUGCGUCUGGCAUCCUUGGUUCACCUCAAUGAGAAAGCCGAGUUGCUGAAGAAGCUGUGGGCUGACAAAAGCUCUCUGCUGGAGGAGAUGCGGAGGCUUGCCGCCUUCGAUCGUGCCAGCGAGGUGAUUUGCCGCCUCACUCUGCAGCAUGCUGUCCAGCUGGGCCAGCAGGCCCUCAACAAAGACUUCCGAGACCUGCGGGACUGUCUGGUUGAUUCAUUGAACCGCAUGGGCACGGAGUGGCGGAUUGCCCCGAAUGAGGAGCACUUGAUGCAGAUCCAUACUCUGACCUUGGAGCGGCAGUUGCAGAUCAUGCUCAGCAUUGAGCGCGACAUCGAGCUCCAAUGGUAUGGACUGUCGCUCAAGGUGAAGUCGCCAGAUGAGCGGAGCCGCCAGCUGCGAACCUACCUAAACUUCGAGGAACGCCUGAGGCCAUACCUUUUAGAGGCCGACCUUGUGGGAGGCAAGCAGCUGCGGGACUUGCAGACAGAGAGUGGGAUGAGUGUGGAGAUCAAAGACCUCGCUGGUGUCCGUCAGGGUGUGACGGAGGUCUUCAAGAAGUUGAAGCAGAGGUACCAGUGGAAGCCGACCAUGACCUCCCGCGUCGAGAUCUCCCGUGUGAACUGGGUGGCUCGGCUCUCUGCAGUGAUCCGCCUGGCCAUGAAGACGACUUGCCUCUUCGCCGACCAGGAGCUGAGGCACCUGCUAAGAGAGGACGAGAAGAGGAAGCUGGGGAGAGAGGUGUUCGAGCAGUACAAACAGUGGUCCAAGCUCGAGCGAGGUGAUGGCAUGGCUAUCAAAGGCAUCAAAAUUGCUCCUGCAGACCUUGUGGCAAAGAUCCGGCAGAAGUACGAGGCGCUUGGGCAGGCCUUCCAGCAGCCGCAAUUCCAGCCUCACACCCCAGCCGGCCUGGGUGUGGCAGCCAUGACGCCCGGUAUGGGCCUGAUGACGCCAGGCUUGAACCCGGGCACCCCGGGCUUGGGGAACCUCACGCCCGGUGGAACCGGAACCCGAACGCCCUUCAACUUGGAGUACUCUGGCGGCUACGAAAAGGUGGAGGGCAACACCCCUCAGUGGAAGACGCCGAUGACGCCGCUGGGGCAGACGUCUGGUAUGCCCAGUGCUGGCACACCCUUGUUCCAGACAGGAGUGCGCGCAUCCCGUACGCCUGGUGGACCACCUCCGCCAACCCCGACGGAGGUGCGCGCCUCCGGCACUCCGGGCGGCCCACCUCCACCCACGCCGGGCCAGGUGCGCGCCUCCGGCACUCCGGGCGGCCCACCUCCACCCACGCCGGGCCAGGCUGGGGCGCACGUCAGGGGGUCCAUGACGCCUCCAGGGCCUGCGGCUUUCACGCCCAAUCUGCAGGGGAGCUACGGCAUCAACCCCUUCACUCCGGGAGGGAUUCCGGGACAACCGGCGACUCCGGUCGGACAGUUCGGAGCACCCGUGCCCUUCACACCUGGGGGGCCGCCGCCGCCAACCCCAGGAGCUCCCACAACGCCAGCCGCACUUAGCCACCCACCACGCACACCUUCCUAUCUGCCUGGCUCUGCCAACGCUCCUACUACGCCAGUCGCGCUGCAGAAAGACGAGAAGUCGGUUAAGACCGAGAGCGCGUGA